AAAAUUAUCUCGAGUUUCACAAUAUCUAAGAUUUCUUUAUCAGAUGUCUCCUCGUAAUAUUCAAUUGUGAUUUUAAUUUCUCACUGAAAUUUGUAAUUUAUCUUUUUACUGUAAGAAGUAUAGUUUAGUGUAUGAACAGCAGAUUAUAGUUUCGUUUGUUAAAAACCUCAACUUCAUAAUAUAUUUGAUAGACAUUCUUUAUAUUUCCUGUAGUAGUGAAGUGUUUUCAGAAUGAUUAUCUUAUCUUGUGGUACGUAAUAAAGUGAUUCUUACCCCAACUAGUGACGUUUACCGUCAUUUUGUGGCAAAAUGGUAUUUUGUUUUUGUAUGCGGCGAGGCUGCUUCAGCCGAACAUUAGUGAUAAAUUCUAAUACCAAAGAGUUUAACAUCAAAGACAAUAAAACUGGCGAUCUAGCAAGAGACAGAAUAGUGACCCUUCCGGAAAUAAAACUAAGAAAAAAAGAUGAACAAAACGGCUCUGCGGGAACUGUACCUCGACAAAACUCCGGAUCGAAUGAUAAUGAAAUAACUUCUACCCAUCAAGAUCAGCAUGCAAGGCCUCAAUUUUCUACUACUGCAGGAGUUAAGGAGACGAAUCCAGAAAUAACUGCCAUAAGAAGAGACAGUUUAACACAAAAGACAACAAAUAAUAUAAGUAGUUCGCAAAAUAAUGAAAUAUUUUCUUCCCAUCAAGAUCAGAAUGCAAGGCCUCAAUUUUCUAAUACUGCAGGAGUUCAGGAGACCAAUAAACAAACAACUGCCACAACAAGGAACAGUUUAACACAAAAGACAACAAAUAUUAUAAGUAGUUCGCAAAAUAAUGAAAUAUCUUCUUCCCAUCAAGAUGAGCAUACAAGGUCUCAAUUUUCUACAACUGCAGGUGUUCAGGAGACCAGUGAACAAACAGCUGCUACAAGAAGACCCAGUUUAACAAAAAAGGCAACAAAUAAUAUAAGUAGUUCGCAAGAUAAUGAAAUAUAUUCUACCCAUCAAGAUGAGCAUACAAUGUCUCAAUUUUCUACUACUGCAGGAGUGCAGGAAACUAAUCAACAAACAGCUGCUACAAGAAGACACAGUUUAACACAAAAGGCAACAAAUAAUAUAAGUAGUUCGCAAGAUAAUGGAAAAUCUUCACCCUCAGUUAUUUCAACGAUAACACAGCACCAAGAAGACCAGAUAUCCUCAUCAAAAACUCAAAACUCGGAAUAUUUGACCAAGAGUAAUUCUGAGGAGGAUAUGUACUCAUCAAGGCUGCAACACGCUAAAAUAGAAACAAUAACUCAGCCUCAGGAACAGAUCUACUCGUCAGGAGAACAAAACUUCAAUACAGAAAAAGCAAGAAUUAUUGAAAAAGGAAAAACUAGUGAUCGCAGUUCCGGAAAUGCAGCUGUAUUGAUUAAUCAAGAAAAACCCAAACCCAAGUCAGCUUUAAAGAAAGAUAAAGCACCCCCUGUACCUGUUUCUAAUAGGCCUGUGAGCCCUACUCCCCCAACUAGAUCUAGUACCCAUCAAAAUGGGGAACCAGCUGAUGAUGGUAAAAUUUAUUCAACUUAUGGCGAAACUACUUCUCCCAAGCGAAGUCUUGACUUGGAUACUCCAAAAACAAGUAUUGGCAGUGUACUUGAAUCACAACCAAGAAGAGACGGUGUAGUUCCCGUUCCAGUACGUAUCGAUCAAAAUCUGAAGGAAAAACUUCCAGUUUUUAAUAAACUUCAAAGUGAUGAAGAGAUCAUACGUAAUGCCAUUAAGAGUAACGAUUUCCUCCAUAAAAUAAUAUCAGAGGAGCAGCUAAAAGACGUAAUAGCAGCGAUGUACAACAAAGAAAUUUCAGCAAAAGAAGUGAUCAUCAAACAAGGAGAUAAAGGUCAGCAUAUGUACAUUUCAGCCAAAGGAAAUUACCAAGUCAUUGUAAAUGGAAAGACGGUCAGUCAAUUCAGUGAUGUCAGAGUGUUUGGCGAACUAGCUAUUUUGUACAACGCCAAGAGACUUGCGACGAUUAAAGCUCUCUCUUCUGGAAGUGUGUGGGUAUUGGAUAGUACGGUGUACCAACAAAUUGUGCUUAGGAGUAAUCUGAAAAAAGAAGACGAAAUCAAGGAGUUUUUAUCAAAUAAUGAGAUUUUGAACGUUGUUGGAAGCGAUGCGUUGCAAAUUGUUUCGACGUUAUUGAAGACUGAAUUCUUUCCUACUGACCAAGCUAUUGUUAAACAGGGCGAUAGAGGUGACAAAUUUUACAUUAUUAGAGCUGGAACUGUCACGAUAAGCAAAGAAGGAGUAGGAACCGUUGGAGUAUACAAAAAAGGAGAUUGUUUUGGUGAACUGGCUCUAUUAGAAGAAGAUUGUAGACAAGCAACCGUAACUGCCAAUAGUCCUGGCGUCGAAUGUUUAACGUUAACUCGAAAAGAAUUCGUAGAUCACUUAGGAGACAUCAAAAACUUCAAGUAUAUCAAAGUAAAAGACAAACCCAAGGAUUCCAUACGGUCUGUGCACGGUGAAUACGACGAUAUUAAUUUGUUUGAUUUAAAAAUUAUCAAAACUCUUGGAGUUGGUGGGUUCGGAAGAGUUGAGUUGGUACAGCACACUAAAAAUGAAAAGAUUGUAUUUGCAUUAAAGUACCUCAAAAAAAUUGAGAUUGUUGAGCAGAAUCAACAAGAACAUGUUUUUAACGAGAAAAGGAUUCAGAUGAGUUCGAAGUCGCCGUUUAUUGUCAGAUUAUACAGGACUUACAGAGAUAGCAAGUAUAUUUAUUUCUUGAUGGAAUCGUGUUUGGGUGGGGAUUUAUGGAGUUUGCUUCAAAGACAAAAGAAUAAAAGGUUUGAAGAAAAGGAAGCGCGAUUCAUAUGUUCAUGUGUGCUAUUGGCAUUCGAAUAUCUUCAUUCUAGAGGCAUCAUUUAUCGUGAUCUUAAGCCAGAAAACUUACUUUUAGCUGUGAAUGGUUACAUCAAGUUAACCGACUUUGGUUUUGCCAAGAAAGUACCAGAUCGAGGAAAAACUUAUACAUUUGCAGGUACUCCUGAAUACGUAGCUCCUGAGAUAGUAUUAAACAGGGGACACGAUAGAGCAGUGGAUUAUUGGGCCUUUGGAGCUUUCGUGUUUGAAAUGUUGUCAGGCAAAACUCCUUUUAGAACCGACGAUGUUAGCCACAUGAAAACGUACAAUAAAAUUCUAGGCGGAAUAGACAAUAUUCCAUUUCCAACUUAUAUAAAUUUGAAGGCUAGACAUCUUGUUGAGAAAUUGUGUAGACCGGUGCCUUCCGAACGUAUGGGAAUGCAGAAAAAUGGAAUUCAAGAUGUCAAAAACCACAAAUGGUUCCUCGGCGUGGAUUGGCAAAAGAUGCAAAAGAUGGAGAUUCCUUCACCAUUCAAACCAAAAUUGGAAGGACCUACAGAUACUAAAUAUUUUGAUAACUUUAAAAAAGAUUCUGACAAGACUCCUGAAGAACUAUCUGGUUGGGAUGAGGGAUUUUAGAAGAACUAAUUAAUUAAUUAACUACUUAAUUAUUGUGAUGUUUAUCAUAUAAAAUUAUUAUUAUUAACUAGAUAUAUAAACAACUCUUUAUAAUAUCAGUUUAUUUUCUUUUUUCCAUUUUUUUGUUAUUGUUAAAAUAUUAAUAAAACAUAGAAUCUUCA